AUGGAAGAGUCAACUAUUGAUGAUUCAUCAAUCUCUUCUGAUAAUGUGUCAUAUACUCUUCAAAAUUACAUUCAGCAAGGUCAAGCUCUAAUCAUAUUUGAUGAUCUUGAUGAAAUUUCUGUUCCAGAUCAACGUUUUAAAAUUAUUAAUAUUAUUGAAAAAUUUGAAAAAAUUAAAACUCAAACACCUACAAAUAUUUCUGCCUUCAACAAUGCAUACGUAAACAAGCUAUUAGAUGAUCCAUCUCGAUCUGGACGUAAUCAACUGAUCGUUCCAAGUCUUAUAGUCAUUUAUCAUGCUGCUUCAUUACCGAGACGAUUUUCUCGCUACACAAUUCGACCUAUGGAUUCGAAAUAUAUAACAGAUUUUGUUUAUUAUUGUUUUUUUCGUGUUCAUCAUCAUAUAAUUGACAUGUUAAGUCUUCAAUUGACUAAUCAAGGAGACAGUCAUAGUGAAGCACUUAAAAAGAAUUGCAAUAGGUUUUAG